AUGGAGCGUGAGCUUCGUCUGAAGGCGUUCGUCGAAGAAUAUAGUCGUCUUGUUCAAUUAUUCGAUGAUAUAAUGACAAUGAAGGAAUCAAUGAUGCGUUUAGAGACUUAUAUGAUCAUCAUGGUGUGUCAAGUAGCAGCAGCAAUGAUCGCUGGAAGUUUUUUUCUUUUGUUUCGAUUUUGUCAACACCAAAAACAUCGAGGAGAAUAUGAGUUGGAACAUCGUUUCGAACGAGAAGCCUCAAACGCCACAAAUAAGGAGCCAGCUAGACGUUCCGUCGCGUAG